UUCACCGUGUUAGCCAGGAUGGUCUCGAUCUCCUGACCUCGUGAUCCGCCCGCCUCGGCCUCCCAAAGUGCUGGGAUUACAGGCGUGAGCCACCAUGCCCGGCCAAAACAAAAACUUUGAGAAAAUAAGUAGCUUACUUGAAAAUCACAGUGGGAUGUUGUGAAGAGUAGGCAUGCGAUAAAUACUACUGACAAAGACACCUGCUUCUGCAAAUUCCCUCUCAGGUAUGUUGAGGCAGCUGAGGGAUUUAUACCAAGGCAUGAAACUGCUUUCCUUCAUCUCUUGAGUAAGAGUAUGUGGCUGGCUGGGAGUUGGGAGUCCAUAAGGUUCAGGCCACUCUCAGGCUGUGUGACCUUGGGCCAGCCACCAGUCCUUGCUGGGUUUUUUUCUUCAUCUAUAGAAUGCCAUGGUAGACCAGGUGCACCAGUUUGGCAUGCAGCAAGUCUGGACCAGGAAGGAGACCAGCUGGGUCUUGGCCCUAAGCACCACUGUGCAUGGGGCUGAGGAUCCAGGAAGGGAGGCCUCCCAUUUAGACCCCAAGCUGUCCCAACCAGCUCAUUUCUCCUGUAGCCUGCAUCCCACCACAGGCCUGGCUGGCCUCUGAGGUCUUGUUAAAAUGCUGGGCCUUGGAGACCCUCUCUGGCGGCUCCCUUUCCAUUAGGGCACCUUCUCCAGGGAGCUUUCCCUGACCUCCAGGACAGCGCGUGGCAAGCACUGCCCACAGCACCGGCUGUCCCACACAAUUCCAACCUCCCUCUAACCUUCUGUACCUGAUCAUCCACUAUUAAUUGGUCUUCACAUUUGUAUAACAUUUUUCAAUUACAAAGCACUUUUGCGGCCAUUCAUCUCUUUGAGUGGCAGCCUAAGCUGCUAUUUAUUGACACUUCCUGUGUGCCAGGCCCUUGGCUGGCCUCUUUCCAUGCAUUAUCAUGCAAUUCUCAGAGCAAUUCUGUGAAAUCCACAUUUACAGAUGAGAAAAUUGGGACUCAAGCAAGCCAGAUAUGUAGCCCUAUUACACAGAGAUUUGAACGAAGUCCCAUGAAAUAAUCUGGGUCAUUCCUAACAACAGCUUCUGAAGCUUUCCUAUGUGCCUAAAUCACGGGACCUGUUUAAAAAUCAGCUUCUCGUUCCACAGGUCUUGAGUGGGGCCCAAGAUUCUACAUUUCUGACAGGCUCCCAGGUGAUGCUGAUGCUGUCUCUUGAAGAACCGCACUUUGAGAAGCAAGGCCCUGAAUCACUGGGCAAUUUGAGACCCCAAGCUGGCAAGGCUGUUUCCUUAUCUGUCAGAUGGGUGAAGUAGCCCUGGCUUACAUAGAUGGAAUGACUCCCGGAUGAUAUAGUGCCUGUGAAAUGCCUGGCACACAAUAGGCGCUCAAUAAAUGCUAGCUCUUCUCCUUCGAUAGGAGCUGGCAUGAGUCUGGGUACACAACAGAUGCUCAAUAAAGCCUUGUCCAAUGGAUUGAGCCUAGUAUUUUUCCCGAAGGCAGAGAAUAAACUGUAUUAUGUUUCCCCUUGGAAUGAAGCCAAACUCAAUAUUAAUUUCUUUCUUGAACUACAGAGUUUCAAAAAGAAAUAAAGGCAAACUAGAGUGAUUGCAGUCUGAAGCGAGCCUCUGUAAUUUCUGUAAUUACAGAACGAGAGCAAAGCAAAGCAGGCAUGAGCACAGUCUCAUGGAGGGAGUGGGGUGGGGAUGGGGGGAGGGGAAGAGCAGGCCCUACUCCCAGACCCACUACUCCCCCUCCUCGCUUCCCUGGCUUUUCAGGGCUCCCCACUCACUCCAUGGCGGGGCCAUGGCCUGGGACAAUGGCAGCCCUGAGACUGCAGCCCUGGCCUCUCGGUCUCUGCCUAGGUCCCCACCCCACGCAGCCGCCUGUCCCUCUGAUGCAGUGGGACAGAGGGAGAUUGUCCAAGGUGGUUUCCACACGCUUCCCUCCCCCUUGCCUGCCAUCUGGUCCAGGGCUGGGCUGCUCACAGCCAAUCAUCCAGCAAGGCCCAUGGCCCACGGGCCCCACCUCCAGAAUAGAUCCCGGGUGUCGGUGACACUUCCCCCCACUUCUGCCCAUCCAGCCACCCCCAUGCAAGCCACCAUCAUCUCUCUGGACUGGCAGCCUCUGAUCAUGUCUCCCUGCUUCCCCCUUGCCCCUAUGCAGCCUUUUCUGGGCAGCCAGAGGGAGACUCUUAAACUAACUGUAAGUCAGAUCUCCCCCACCACUUCAGCCCCCACUUCCUCCCAUCCCACUUAGAAUGAAACCUGAAUCCUUGCUGUGACCUCUGAGACCUGUGUGACCUGGCCUCUGCCUGAAUCCAUUUCCUCUCACACUGGACUCCAACCACCUUGGGCACCUUGGUGUCUUUCAAAAGUGCCAGGCUCCUUCCUGCCUCAGGGCCUUUGCACUUGCUGCUCCCUCUGUUUGAAAUACUGUAUCCCAGAGAGUCCCAUUUCUGGCCCCUAAUUCAGACUGAAUUUUUUUUUUUUUUUUUUUUUUUUUGCUCAGGCCAAAUAAAACAAGCCCAAGGGCCAGUUUUGACCCAUUUUGCCACUUCUGAUGUAGGGCUUCCAAACUGUACAUGUUUUCUUUCCCUACAAAGCAUCUUGUCAUUCAGAGAUUGGCGGAGGAAUUCUUUGUGCUUGGUUUGGCCCCAUUUUUAUCAAUGGCUUUAACACUUGGUCAUAGAGCAUACACUGAGGAAGGAUGGGAUAUCCUGGGAAUGUUUUACCAUCUUCCUGCCUGGAGUGUCUUUCACUAACUCCGUCCUUCCCAGAGGCCCCAUGAGCGAGUCAUCUUCUGGUUUACGAAUCUGAUCCCAUUAUCAGCCCUGCCCCAUCCCUGCAGCUAGUCCCCAGGUUCCUUAGCCCGGUGUCCAAGACCCUUCAUAUACUGACCUUCCUAGCUUCACACUGUAUACUUUAGUACAUGUGUUUCCCUCCACUUGGAACGCCUUUUCUCUCUUUUUAAACCUGAUGAACACCUAUUCAACCUUCAAAGCCUUGCUCAAAGGACCCCUCGCCUAGGAUACUUUCUCUGGCUGUAUUAAUGCGUUUCUUCUAGGCCUCCCGUGUCUUGUUCUUACACCUCUUGCAGCACUUAUCACAGGGUAUUAUGAUCAGCUAUAGGCAGAAAUAUUUCUCCUUCUAGGCCAUGACCUUGACAAGGGCAAUGGUCUUGUCUUAUUAAAUUCUCACACCCUGAGUGUCCACCCCAGCUCCACCCACAUAGGAGGCCUCAGUAAGUAUUUACAGAAAUGAAUCUUUCUGCUGGAACCUGUUAGUUCACUGAUUCGGAUUCUGGUGACCAGGGUGUAGUUCAGAAUACAAAAUGCUUGAAGAGACGGCUCCAUUGUCGUUUCAGCACAUAGCAUGUGCUCAGUAAAUACUUGCAGAAUGAAUGUCUUAGUGAGUGAGUACAGAGGACCUGACCUGUCAUCACUGGUGGUCUCACAUUAAUAGUGCCCUUUGAACGUGGCUUUGGUGGAAUUAAGUUAAUCAUGGUAUAGUAUGCACCUGAAGGAAUGUGGAGCCGCAUUCUGGGUCUGCAGAAUGUUGUCACCUGAUGAAGAAGAACUGGAAGACGCUGGAAGAAGGCUUUGGAAAAAUGCCCAGAUCAUGAGAAGGUGAGAGGUGUUUCUUCCGCCUGCUCCACCAGCAGGUAAAGGAGGCUGAUCACAGGCUGGCACUCAGGGCGAGGUGGAAGAAAUGCGUGGUCUUGCCACUACAGACCCGCAGAGCUGUCCUCCAACAUGAUCCAAGAGAGCCACAAAACACAGGGGUGUGUCUUGGGAAAGGAAAAGUAACAACUUGCAAAAAGGUUGGUUCUGCUUCAGAGAAAUAUUCUAGAAAGACAGCCAAGUUACCCUGCCGUGAACUCACACACACCUGUGCUUUCUGCAUGUUAUGUUUCAUAGGAGAGGGAAGUGCCAGGAAUUAAAAUUGCGGAUGCACUGUUCCCCAGGUGUGUGGGUGAGGCACGCUUCCUGGGACCACUCCAUUUAAGCAUUGGGUCCCAGGCAUGUUCACUACUAGCAGGAGGCUCUUUAUCAAUUUCCUCCCGUGGACCAGAUGAUUGGGAUUUUUUUUUCUACCAGACUUUAUUACAGAAUAACUAUUUUUGUAUUAACUAAACAAACAAAUGUACCGCUCCCAGCUUCUGACUGGCCCAAGGUGCUGAGCUAGACCUCUUUGCUUUGGUACAAAGAGAGCCCAAAUCCAAGAGACUUGGCAUUUCUGUUAGCUGGUAUUCCCCAGGGGGACUAAAAGGAUGAUUUCCACUGGAUUUUUUAAAAUGCUGAAGACACUGAAAGACCUGAAUAGUAAGCCCUUAAUAAACGUUAUUCGGUAUUAUUAUUGUUGUUGUUGUAGCCUUCUGGGAAGUUGCGAAUGCCAAAUUAAGAACAAUGGACCCAUACCCAGAUGGUGGCCAUUGCAGUGAUAACAAUGACUGAGAUUUGCUAAGCCCUAACUAUAUGCCAGGCAUAGUUGUACAUGCUUUACACACACGAUCUCAUUUAAUCAUCACCAUAACCCUCGGAAGGAGUUAUUAUUAUCUUCCCAUUGUAUAGAUGAGGGUCAGAGAGGUGAAGUAACUCACCCAGCAUUAGUAGGUGUUGGAGGGAGCCGAGGUCUGUCUGACUCAGCACCAGGGUGGCUUUGCUGCUGUGUAAGUCAAAGAGCCUUCUCAGUUCUAAAUCCUCAAAGAAGUAUGAGUUAUAUAAAUUCAUGGCUUUACUUUGUUUAUCUUCAUAUUGUGCCAUAUCUUCUAAAAGGAAAACUCCAAAUAUAGUCAUGUGGCUCCUCCUAGGGAAUUAUAGGCAUUUGACUGAAUCUGAAUACAUAUCCCCGUAUUCCAGAAAUUGGAAAUCACAUGUAUGUCUUCUUUAUGGUGAGGUCUUCAGAGCAGCCACCGUCUCUGAUCGUUCAGGGCUUGGCAUGAGGAGGUGCUCAAUAUAGUCAUGGAGAAGAACUCAUGGACUGAACUUCCUGGUGAACCAGAGGGAUGGUGCAGAGAUUUAAGAUUGCAACAGGAACCCCCAAGCCAAUGUAAGCAAAACAUCUAUUUCAUGACUAUGGGAAUGUUUUGUAAAAUCCAAGCACCAGCCUGAAGAAAGCCUGGAACUGCAAACUAGGAGCUUUGAGACACUCUAUCUUUUGAUGUCUAGUUUUCUCCUUCCUCAGCAGACCAAAUCUCACUCUGAGUACAAGAUGGGCAGAGGAUGGCUGCCCCAGAGUCCCCAAGUCACUGGCAAAACUGCCCUUCUUCCUGGGUCCCAUGCCAAAUUCCAGGGAAGGAAUUUGAUUGGCUAGCCUGGGUCAGGUGGUCAGUCCUGAUUCAAGGUGAUUGGAUCAUUUUGAACAAAUAUGGCAGCUGGAGCCCACAAGGGUAGAUCAUGGGACCGUUAAGGGCAUCAUUGUUACCAAAGUUAAUGGCUGAGGCUGCUCUCUCCUGCGUAUCCCAAGAGUCCCUGGUAGACCACAGAAUCGGCCGCCUUCUACUAUCCUGCCAUUCUCCAGAAGGGGAGGCAGGCACCCUACUGAGUCCAGAGCUCUCUCUAACAUUGCCAUGCCCAGGCCAGGAUCUAGAUGGGCAUCCAAGACCAGCCUGUGUGCCGUGAAGGAGUUCAAAGUGAGCAGGCCAUCCCUGAGAACGAGGAGCAGGGGUGUUAGGAAAGUUUGGAUUAUCUGAAGAUGGCCUGGUUCUCCGUGAACUCUGGGAGGAGAUGAUGGUGUUUGGAUCUCACCCAGGGUGGCAGAAGGAGGCCUUCUGGAGCUGACCCACCCCCGACGACCAUCAGGGUGCCCUUGAGCCGCAAAACUGCUGUCCACGUGGACCGGGGGUGACAUCGCACGUCCAUCUGCCAGGACCCCUGCGUCCAAAUUCCGAGACAUGGCGACCAACGGCAGCAAGGUGGCCGACGGGCAGAUCUCCACCGAGGUCAGCGAGGCCCCUGUGGCCAAUGACAAGCCCAAAACCUUGGUGGUCAAGGUGCAGAAGAAGGCGGCAGACCUCCCCGACCGGGACACGUGGAAGGGCCGCUUCGACUUCCUCAUGUCCUGUGUGGGCUAUGCCAUCGGCCUGGGCAACGUCUGGAGGUUCCCCUAUCUCUGCGGGAAAAAUGGUGGGGGAGCCUUCCUGAUCCCCUAUUUCCUGACACUCAUCUUUGCGGGGGUCCCACUCUUCCUGCUGGAGUGCUCCCUGGGCCAGUACACCUCCAUCGGGGGGCUAGGGGUAUGGAAGCUGGCUCCUAUGUUCAAGGGCGUGGGCCUUGCGGCGGCUGUGCUAUCAUUCUGGCUGAACAUCUACUACAUCGUCAUCAUCUCCUGGGCCAUUUACUACCUGUACAACUCCUUCACCACGACACUGCCGUGGAAACAGUGCGACAACCCCUGGAACACAGACCGCUGCUUCUCCAACUACAGCAUGGUCAACACCACCAACAUGACCAGCGCUGUGGUGGAGUUCUGGGAGCGUAACAUGCAUCAGAUGACGGACGGGCUGGAUAAGCCAGGUCAGAUCCGCUGGCCACUGGCCAUCACGCUGGCCAUCGCCUGGAUCCUUGUGUAUUUCUGUAUCUGGAAGGGUGUUGGCUGGACUGGAAAGGUGGUCUACUUUUCAGCCACAUACCCCUACAUCAUGCUGAUCAUCCUGUUCUUCCGUGGAGUGACGCUGCCCGGGGCCAAGGAGGGCAUCCUCUUCUACAUCACACCCAACUUCCGCAAGCUGUCCGACUCCGAGGUGUGGCUGGAUGCGGCAACCCAGAUCUUCUUCUCAUACGGGCUAGGCCUGGGGUCCCUGAUCGCUCUCGGGAGCUACAACUCUUUCCACAACAACGUCUACAGGGACUCCAUCAUCGUCUGCUGCAUCAAUUCGUGCACCAGCAUGUUCGCAGGAUUCGUCAUCUUCUCCAUCGUGGGCUUCAUGGCCCAUGUCACCAAGAGGUCCAUUGCUGAUGUGGCGGCCUCAGGCCCCGGGCUGGCGUUCCUGGCAUACCCAGAGGCGGUGACCCAGCUGCCUAUCUCCCCACUCUGGGCCAUCCUCUUCUUCUCCAUGCUGCUGAUGCUGGGCAUUGACAGCCAGUUCUGCACUGUGGAGGGCUUCAUCACAGCCCUGGUGGAUGAGUACCCCAGGUUCCUCCGCAACCGCAGAGAGCUCUUCAUUGCUGCUGUCUGCAUCAUCUCCUACCUGAUCGGUCUCUCUAACAUCACUCAGGGGGGUAUUUAUGUCUUCAAACUCUUUGACUACUACUCUGCCAGUGGCAUGAGCCUGCUGUUCCUCGUGUUCUUUGAAUGUGUCUCUAUUUCCUGGUUUUACGGUGUCAACCGAUUCUAUGACAAUAUCCAAGAGAUGGUUGGAUCCAGGCCCUGCAUCUGGUGGAAACUCUGCUGGUCUUUCUUCACACCAAUCAUUGUGGCGGGCGUGUUCAUUUUCAGUGCUGUGCAGAUGACGCCACUCACCAUGGGAAACUAUGUUUUCCCCAAGUGGGGCCAGGGUGUGGGCUGGCUGAUGGCUCUGUCUUCCAUGGUCCUCAUCCCCGGGUACAUGGCCUACAUGUUCCUCACCUUAAAGGGCUCCCUGAAGCAGCGCAUCCAGGUCAUGGUCCAGCCCAGCGAAGACAUCGUUCGCCCAGAGAAUGGUCCUGAGCAGCCCCAGGCCGGCAGCUCCACCAGCAAGGAGGCCUACAUCUAGGGUGGGGGCCACUCACCGACCCGAUACUCUCACCCCCCGACCUGGCUGAGUGCGACCACCACUUGAUGUCUGAGGAUACCUUCCAUCUCAACCUACCUCGAGUGGCGAGUCCAGACACCAUCACCACGCAGAGAGGGGAGGUGGGAGGACAGUUAGACCCCUGGGUGGGCCCUGCUGUGGGCAAGGAUACCCGGUGGCUUCUGGCACCUGGCGGGCUGGUGAUCUUUUUAAUCCAGGCCCCAUCAGCAUCCCACGAUCGGCCUUGGUAACCGCUGCGGUAGAUCAUUUUUAUCCCGCCAGGGAGUGUGAUGCAGCAAGGCCACAUGUGCUCCUGGCUUUUAAACCUGUUCCUGACUGUUCUCUUACUGCCGAAACCCUUGACUGUUAUCUCGGACUUUGCAGGAGUUCCUUUCCCUCCGAACGCUGCUCCAUGCACAGGAAAAGGGCAUUUUGUACAAUGGGGACUUCCCGGGAAAGCUUGCUCUUAAGUACCAGAAGCCGGCGGAGCUCUGGCUUUCGUGUUUUUGGUUUUCUCCUUCCCAAGGCAGCUGGAUUAAAAAAACAAAACAAAACAAAACAAAAAAACCCAGGGGCCUCAGUCGAUAUUCCCAGGGCCGCUUCUCCUGCAGUCUGUGGAGCGUCCUUGUCCCCGCCGCCGGAAUGAAUGAGCAUUCUGCAGCCCGAUGUCCCUGUCCCCUCCUCGCCGGGCCAUUCUGAUUGGACCUGGCCCAGUGCAAUCUGUCCAGACAAGCCCUGCUUGCUGGAAAACUGCCACAAGCACAAUUGAUCUCUUUUUAUCGCCAUUCCAGGGGCCUCAGGUCCUACUGGGGAAACUUCCUAUACCGGAGCUCCAGUUUCUCUUAAGCUGCCCAAUUUCACAGAGUACAAAAUAGUUGUAGGGGAAAUCAAGGUGAAGGAUCUGUCCGACAGUCAAGACGGAUCCACAGUAAUCUUUCGGUCUCCUUAAACUACCACCCUCGCUGCCACCCACCCCAAGCUGCUGCUGCCUCACCUUCCUUGAAAUUUCUCAGCGGGAGUCUCCUCACUGCCACUAAAACCCACCCAGCCCACUAACUGAGGAGCUAGUGUUAAUCCAGAGAACCCCCCGCAAUGUGCUUCCGAGAUUCAGACUGCUUCAUUGGGAAGUAUGAUUUGUUCCUUUCUGGAAUUGGGCUCCGUGGUGGCGGCGGUACUUCAAGCAAAGACAGUUUCUUGCAAGCUCCAGUAGCUCCGCGUGUGUCAUUUGCCAGGAAGAUGGGUUCCCACGUAGCAAAUCGUACAUUGUGCCCUGUAGCUCCUUAGCUAGUUAGCUCACAAGCCGUGUUUUAUGACUAAUCCUUAAUAACUAUGGUAAAUAACUGUGACUGUGGGGUUUUUAAUCUCUUGUCAUUCUCAUCCGAAAGUGACCAGCAUACCAGUUCUUGCAAUAAGAUAUUACCCUCAGAAUAUUAAGCACAUUAUUGUAGAGAAAAAAAAAUAUGUGUACACAUAUGAACGCACAACAUGCACAUUCAUCCUCACGUGUGGCACGUAAGGUCUCCUUUGAUAUUGUGUAGGAAAUGUGAAGCCUUUUCCUGAGGUCAUCUGUAAAAUAGUCUCAUUGCCAAGGCAUCCCCAGUGCCAGUUGGUGAAUCCAUGAUCAAAAUGCAUACGUAUUGUUAAAUGAUAAGGUUUAGAAUGACAGGAACCCAUCACUGUGUCUCAUGGUCCCACUUCCCCAUCUGUGUGUGAAUUCCUUUAGACUAAGGGCAGGAAGACUUCCAACUUUCUCUUUGUUCUUCAAUGUGAAACUGAGACCAAGUCUCUCUAAGACAAAUGCAGUGUAUUUAAUGUUUGUAAGCAAUUCUAAGUGAGAUGUUUGGCAAGAAAUCCCCUAACUGAUUUCCAUCCAAACCUACCUUAUAGAGCACAAUAUUAAGUGUUGUACAAUUACUGUGAGAACUGUGAAUAUGUGUAACUUUUUUUUAGUAUUUGCCCGGGGGGAAAAGAUAUUGUAUUAUCAUAUAUGCUUUUUUUGCAAUAAGGAUUUAUUCUCAGAACACCAAGUAAAUCUAUCUCUAUAUAAAAAAUAUAUGUAAUAUAUACAUAUUCAAAGUAUAUACAGAGCCUGUUUUAAAAAAUACAGUAUUAUUUAGUAAAAUUAUCUGUUCUAUGGACCAAAUGUAAAAUAUUUAUAAAUGAAGAUGCAUUUUAAAUGUCUAUAAAUGGUGUCAUAACUAGAGCACGGGCGUUAUGUAAGUUUCUAAGAAUUUAGAGGAUAAAUAAUAAAGGUUCUAUGAUAUACAA